ACUUCAAUUUUAUUAUCUCUAUGCUAAAUAUGACAGCUGGCGCUUUGUAGUGGAAGAAGUGAGGGUCCUAUUGGGUUAUGAAAUAUCUGUGUUUUAACAGCAUGCAGGUCAGAGUACAACUGGCGAGAUUCCGAGGUGAUGUGAAGAGUUGUACAAUGAAGAAAGGUCGAGGGAAGCAAGGUUAGGAUGAUCUGGACACGUGGAAGAAGAGGGUAAAAGAUGUCUAUUUUCACUCCUACAAACCAGGUUAAACUUACGAACGUUGCUGUGGUGCGACUUAAACGAAAGGGAAAGAGGUUUGAAAUCGCCUGUUAUAAAAACAAAGUUAUGUCUUGGCGUAACAAAGUAGAGAAAGAUUUAGACGAAGUUUUACAAACAGAUUCUGUGUUCAUGAACGUCUCCAAGGGACAAGUUGCAAAAAGGGAAGAUCUGAUCAGAGCUUUUGGGACAGAUGAUCAGACAAAGAUAUGUAUUGAAAUUUUAGCCAAAGGAGAACUGCAAGUAUCUGAGAAAGAAAGAAACAAUCAGUUGGAGUCGAUGUUUCGAGACAUAGCUACAAUAGUGGCUGAUAAAUGUGUGAACCCAGAGACGAAGAGACCUUACACUGUGGGUAUCAUUGAGAGAGCAAUGAAGGAUGUCCACUAUUCUGUUAUCACAACACGAAGUACUAAGCAGCAGGCGCUGGAAGUGAUCCGGCAGAUAAAAGACGCAGAGGUUAUGCCUAUAGACAGAGCACAGAUGCGAUUAAAACUAACAUUGCCUCAGAAAGAUGCUAAACAAGUCUUAGAAAAGUUACGAUCAAAUUUUACUAGUGUUGAAAGUGAAGAAUGGGAAGGUGACUUGGAAAUAGUUUGCUUGAUUGACCCUGGCUGUUUCCGAAUAAUCAAUGAAGUUAUGGCCGCUCAAACAAGAGGGAAAGGCACUCUGGAAGUUCUAAACUUAAAAGAGAUUGAAGAAGGAGAUGACAGACUGGAGAAUUAGGAAUCUGGGGUGUCAAGAACAACAGUUGUUGUAGAGAACAAUAGUUGGAGGCCAAGAAUCGAUUGGAGUUACAAUGAAUUUUUAUCAUAUAUAUUUAUGAUACUAAUUCCUGGUGUGAGUUUCCAUAUAAAUGCAAGGUUUUACAUCACAU